AUGAACUUUGAAGAAAUCGAGGACCAGGACGGAAUCCGCUUCUCGUUCAAUGCCUGGCCAGCAUCACGCAUAGAAGCCACCAGAACAGUCGUUCCCAUCUCUGCUCUCUACACUCCUCUAAAGGAGCGCGACGAUCUGCCGCUGAUCUACUAUGAACCCGUUACUUGUAAACAGCAUACUUGUGGUGCCAUUCUCAACCCUUACUGCCAGAUCGAUCCUCGAGGAAAGCUAUGGAUCUGCCCGUUCUGUUUGCACCGCAACCAGUUCCCUCCUCAUUACCGCGAUAUCUCCAACACCAACCUCCCCGCAGAGCUACUGGCCAAGCACACGACCAUCGAAUACACGCUUGCAAGGAGUGCUCAGGUGCCGCCCAUCUUUCUCUAUGUGGUCGAUACAUGUAUUGAUGAUGAAGAUCUCAAGGCGUUGAAGGACUCGUUAGUGGUCUCGCUCAGUCUGCUUCCUCCUCAUGCCCUUGUUGGUCUGAUCACCUAUGGUACCAUGACCCAAGUGCACGAGCUGGGAUAUGGUGAAUGUCCAAAGUCGUACGUGUUCCGAGGAAGCAAGGAUUACUCUUGCAAACAGAUCCAGGAAAUGCUCGGACUCACAGCUCUGGCGAACCGACCUCAGCAACCUGUUCGACCGGGCCAGCCUGCACCCUUUGUCCCUACCGGGGGGUCGCGGUUCUUGCUCCCUGUCCAACAAUGUGAAUACAAUCUGUCAUCGAUCCUUGAGCAGCUUCAGCGCGAUCCAUGGCCAGUGGCGACUGAUAAGCGUGCUCAACGCUGCACGGGUGUUGCUGUGAGUGUCGCGGUUGGGUUGUUGGAGGCCACAUAUCAGAACACUGGUGGUCGCAUUAUGUUGUUUGUUGGAGGAGCCUGCUCGGAGGGUCCGGGAAUGGUUGUUGGAACUGAUUUCAAGGAGCGUCUGAGGUCGCAUCAUGAUAUCGAGAAGGACGAUGUCAAGCACUACAAAAAGGCGUCAAAGUUCUACGAGAGCUUGGCCAAGAGAGCAUCGACCAAUGGACAUGCCAUUGACAUCUUUGCAGGAUGUUUGGAUCAAGUUGGCUUGCUGGAGAUGAGGUCAAUGGUCAACUCUACGGCGGGAACCAUGGUCAUCUCUGAUUCGUUCACAACGGCGAUUUUCAAGCAGAGUUUCCAAAAGAUGUUUGAAAAGGAUGCAGAGGGCAACCUCAAGAUGGGCUUCAACGCCACUCUUGCAGUUCAGACGACAAAGGAACUCAAGAUUUGCGGACUGAUCGGUCAUGCAGUGUCGGCGGACAAGAAGACGGCAUCGGUUGGCGAAACGGAGAUUGGUAUCGGUAACACCUCGGCAUGGAAGAUGUGCGCCGUCAGCCCCAAGACGACCAACGCUAUCUAUUUUGAGGUCGUCAAUCAACAGGACCAAGUUUUGCAACCUGGCUCACGCGGCCUCGUCCAGUUUGUUACCCACUACCAGCACUCUAGCGGACACUUCAAGCUCCGCGUCACCACCGUCGCCCGCAGCUGGGCAGAAGGAAACAGCCCGAUUAUCGCACAGUCGUUCGAUCAGGAGACAGCAGCAGUGCUUAUGGCGCGUAUCGCAGUGUUCAAGGCAGAGAUUGACGAUGGUCCAGAUGUUCUUCGCUGGCUGGACAGGAUGUUGAUUCGACUCUGCCAAAAGUUUGGAGAUUACCGCAAGGAUGAGCCCCAGUCGUUCCGACUCAACGACAACUUUUCGAUCUACCCCCAGUUCAUGUUCCAUCUCCGUCGUUCUCAGUUCUUACAGGUGUUCAACAGCUCUCCUGACGAGACCGCAUACAACCGUCAUAUACUGAACCGGGAAGAUGUCAACAACUCGCUGAUCAUGAUCCAGCCUACGUUGAUGUCGUAUGGAUUUGACGGCGAGCCACAGCCAGUGCUGCUGGACAGUGUGUCGGUCAAGCCGGAUACGGUCUUGUUGUUGGACACUUUCUUCUACGUUUUAAUCUUCCACGGAGAGACUAUUGCGGCAUGGAGAAAGGCGGGUUACCAUGAACAGGAAGGAUAUGAGAACUUCAAGGAGUUAUUGGAGGCACCAGUGGUGAGCUCUCAGGAGCUGUUGGUGGAGCGGUUCCCGAUCCCACGUUAUAUUGUCUGUGACCAGGGUGGAUCUCAGCAGCGCUUCCUUUUGGCCAAGCUCAACCCUUCGACAACACAUGCCUCUGGUGGUCAGUAUGGCAAUGCGCCACAGGGCCAGGCUAUCUUUACGGAUGAUGUCUCCCUCCAAGUCUUUAUGGAGCACUUGAAGAAACUUGCUGUUGCAGAAUCGUCGUAA